UAUAAAGAUGAUACUCUUCACACCGAAACCGGACGGAAGCCUGCGCAUGUGCAUCGACUACCGAGCUCUUAACAUGCAGACAAUCAAGAAUAAAUACCCGAUACCGCGAAUCGAUGACCUGCUUGACCAGCUUCGGGGAGCUAUGGUAUUUUCCAAACUGGAUCUGCGGUCCGGAUACUGGCAGAUACGGAUGGCGGACAACUCUAUCCACAAAACUGCUUUCCGAACUCGGUACGGAUCGUACGAGUAUUUGGUAAUGCCGUUCGGACUCACCAACGCACCAGCAACGUUUCAAGCUGAAAUGAACCACAUUCUACAACCACUUUUGGACGUGUACGUGGUGGUGUACCUGGACGACAUCCUCAUCUACUCGUGCGACAUGAAGCAGCACGUCAAACACCUGCGACGCGUCUUCGAAAUUCUUCGACGAGAACGAUUCUACGUCAAACAGUCCAAGAGCGAACUCGCCCUUGAGAAGGUCCAGUUCCUAGGACACAUGGUGAGCGCUCAAGGAGUUCACGUCGACCCCAAGAAAAUCGAAGCCGUACGUACGUGGAAGACACCCGAGAACCUGAAACAAACACUCACGACCGCCCUGGUACUCAUCUUGCCAGAUCCCGAACGCAACUACGUAAUCGAAGCUGACGCCAGCGACCAGGCAGUGGGAGCAGUCUUAAUGCAAGACCAGGGGAAUGGACUGCAACCAAUUGCCUACCUCAGCAAGAAACUACAUGGAGCAGAACUAAACUACCCGAUACACGACAAAGAGGACCUUGCCAUCGUCAUCGCCUUCAAAGCAUGGAGAUGUUAUCUCGAAGGACGACGAACAACCGUCUACACCGACCACUGCAGCCUGAAAUACUUGAAGACACAACCCAACCUUUCCACGCGGCAGGUCCGAUGGAUCGACUUCCUCGAGACACACUUCCACUACGACAUCGUGUACAAGCCCGGCCACAAAAACAAAGCAGACGCCCUCAGCCGGCCUGCACACGUUGCCGCUAUCCAGAUUGAAGGGAUGAAUCCACUCCUUAAGGGACUCUUCAUACACGGGUAUCCCAUCGACCCAGAAAUUCCCUUGGCUGAAAAGCGACAUUUGCUACAGUGGGACAGUGACAUCGCAUACCGAAAGGGAUCAACGAAAAUCUGGGUACCCAAUUACCCUCCUUUGCGCCAGUUACUACUCGAAGAAUAUCACGACGUCCUCUACGCGGGACACUGCGGUAGCAACAAGACGCUCACCGGUAUCGCCAAACACUACUACUGGCCCCACAUAGCAGAUGACAUACAGAAAUUUGUCACCUCGUGUGAUACGUGUCAGCGGAUGAAGAGCAGCAAGCAGAAAAAGGCGGGACUACUGCAGCCUCUUCCUGUCCCAGAACAACCAUGGCAAGUGGUUAGCAUAGACUUUAUCACCGGGUUACCACCUACCACCAGUGGUCAUGACGCAAUCCUUGUCGUCAUCGACAAGUUCUCCAAAAUGGGACACUUCAUCCCGACACACACGACGGCACGCACCGAGGAGACAGCACAGCUCUUCGUUCGUCACAUCAUCUCACAGCAUGGCAUCCCAACCACACUCAUCUCCGACCGAGACCCCAAGUUCACCAGCAAGUUCUGGAGGGAACUUAUGUCUCUUCUCGGGACCAAACUUGCCAUGUCACCCGCUUACCAUCCGCAGACAGACGGACAGACCGAGCGCCUCAACCAAAUUGUUGAACAUCUCCUCCGAGCAGCCUGCAAGGACGAGAUCUCCAAAUGGGACCUGCACCUGCCCGUUCUGGAGUUUGCUUACAACAACGCUACACAUGCUGCUACUGGACAGACGCCGUUCUUCCUCUGCUACGGACGCCACCCACUCACACCACAAAAACCGCCCACAUCCGCUACAAUUCACAACGCCUUCCAUGUCCAACUUCUAAAGCCCUAUCGAGAUCCGAACACAAUCUUCGUCGGACGCCAACCGCCGCCGCCGCCACCCGUCCUCGUUCAGAAUGAACCCGAGUACGAGGUCGAGUCUGUGCUUGCACACCGUCGACGUCGGAAUGGCACCAUGGAGCUUCUCAUCCGUUGGAAGGGUUAUGAUCCUUCUGAGGACAGCUGGGUCCCUGAUUCCGACAUGGGUAACGCCCGUCAUCCUCUGCAUGACUACCUUGUCAAGCAGGACUCCGUUCUUAAUCCUAACAAUAGAGAGAGAGAGAGAGAGAGAGAGAGAGAGAGAGAGAGAGAGAGAGAGAGAGAGAGAGAGAGAGAGAGAGAGAGAGAGAGAGAGAGAGAGAGAGAGAAGAGAGAGAGAGAGAGAGAGAGAGAGAGAGAGAGAGAGAGAGAGAGAGAGAGAGAGAGAGGAGAGAGAGAGAGAGAGAGAGAGAGAGAGGUACACGAAUUGGGUUCUGCCGCCAUACCGAACGCACCAACACGAGAUCGUGGAAGAACCAUGUUCGAAGCCGACCUUCCGAGCACCAUAUCGGCUCAGCCCCACGGAGCUAGCCGACAUGAAGAAACAAAUCGAGUAUCUCCUUGCAAAAUGACUCAUCCGACCACCCACUUCGCCAUACGGUGCCCCACAACUCUUCACACCGAAACCAGACGGAAGCCUGCGCAUGUGCAUCGAUUACCGAGCUCUCAACAAGCAGACCAUCAAGAAAAAAUACCCAAUUCACGAAUCCAUGAUCUGCUUGACCACCUUCGGGGAGCUACGGUAUUUUCCAAACUGGAUCUGCGGUCUGGAUAUUGGCAGAUACGAAUGCCGGACAAUUCCAUCCACAAAACUGCCUUCCGCACUCGAUACGGGUCGUACGAGUAUCUGGUAAUGCCGUUUGGGCUCACCAACGCACCGGCAACGUUCCAAGCCGAAAUGAACCAUAUUGUACGCCCAAUCUUAGACGAAUGCGUGGUGGUGUACCUGGAUGACACCCUCAUCUACUCGCGCGACAUGCAGCAGCACGUCCAACACCUGAAACGCGUCUUCAACAUUCUUCGACGAGAACGAUUCUACGUCAAAUUAUCCAAGAGCGAAGGACGAAAAACAACCAUCUACACCGACCACUGCAGUCUGAAAUAUUUGAAGACACAACCAAACCUCUCCAGGCGCAACAAAACGCUCACCAGUAUUGCAAAGCACUACUACUGGCCCUACAUGCCAGACGACGUUCAGAAAAUCGUCACCUCGUGUGCUAUAUGUCAGCGAAUGAAGAGCACCAAGCAUAAAAAGGCAGGACUGCUACAGCCUCUUCCUGUCCCAGAACAGCCAUGGCAAGCAGUUAGCCUGGAUUUCAUGACCGGCAAGUUCUGGAAGGAACUGAUGUCUCUGCUCGGGACAAAACUCGCCAUGUCAUCCGCCUACCAUCCGCAGACCGAUGGACAGACCGAGCGCCUCAACCAAAUUGUAGAGCAACUCCUCCGCGUAGCAUGCAAAGAUGAAAUCUCUACAUGGGGCUUGCAUCUGCCCAUCCUUGAGUUUGCUUACAACAACGCCACUCACGCCACUACUGGACAGACGCUCUUGUAGAGACUUGAGACUUGGAGUAGUG